UGCUAUACAGUAGGUCCUUGUUGUUUAUCUAUUUUGUGUAUAGUAGUGUGUAUCUGUUAAUCCCAAACUCCUAAUUUAUCUCUCCCCAGCCUUUCCCCUUUGGUAACCAUGUUUAUUUUCUAACACACGUAUCAUUUUAUAAUUGCUUCCUGUAUCCCACCUCAUCAGACUCUUCAGGAGCUGGGAGUUCCUAGCAGUUUUUCUCUGACUCGGAAUCCCUUUUCUCCCAAACUUUCAAAAUCAACAGAAACCCAUGGCGCAUCUCCGCAUCUCCAGUCGCCCCGCGGUCUCCACCGGGUCCCGCUCCCUGAAGCCAGGCCCACGAGGUCGUAGAAACUUCCCGCCAAGGUCCUCUCCCUUCUUGGCCGAUACUGAGACUUCCUUCUCGAUUCAUUUGCUUGUCAUCUGUCCUGAAGCGAAAAGUCAAUUCGACAUCUCCUUUGACAAGACGACUGGGAGCCAGUCCCUUCACACAGGGCACCCAUUUCCCUCUGACACCAGGACCCACCACCUUCUCUUCCCAGGGGUUCCUCACAGUUUCACAGAAGAGCUUACAUGUGAGGAGGGGAAAACCAGCAGCCCAGGCAGAGGUGAGGGGAAGAAUGAGGAACUGCGUCUUUACCACCACCUCUUGGACAACUAUGACCCAGGACGCCGGCCAGUGCAGAAGCCUGAGGACACUGUCACCAUCACCCUCAAAGUCACCCUGACCAACCUCAUCUCACUGAAUGAGAAAGAGGAGACCCUCACUACCAGCGUCUGGAUUGGAAUCGACUGGCAUGAUUACCGACUCAACUACAGCAAGGACGACUUUGGGGGUGUAGAAAUUCUGCGGGUCCCUUCAGAGCUCGUCUGGCUGCCUGAGAUCGUGCUGGAAAACAAUAUCGACGGCCAGUUCGGCGUGGCCUAUGCCGCCAACGUGCUGAUUUCCGACGGUGGCUACGUGAGCUGGUUGCCCCCGGCCAUCUACCGCAGCACCUGCGCGGUGGAGGUCACCUACUUCCCCUUCGACUGGCAGAACUGCUCGCUCAUUUUCCGGUGGGGGCCUCGACCCUGGCUCCGCAGCUCUCAGACGUACAAUGCUGAAGAGGUGGAGUUUGUCUUUGCCAAGGACAACGGUGGUGAGGACAUCAGCAAGAUCGAUAUCGACACUGAGGCCUAUACCGAGAAUGGCGAGUGGGCCAUCGACUUCUGCCCCGGCGUGAUCCGCCACCACAACGCUGGCUCCGCUGAUGGCCCCGGGAACACUGACGUCCUCUACUCGCUCAUCAUUCGCCGGAAGCCGCUAUUCUACGUCAUUAACAUCAUCGUGCCCUGCGUGCUCAUCUCGGGCCUAGUACUGCUCGCCUACUUCCUGCCGGCCCAGGCCGGUGGCCAGAAAUGCACUGUCUCCAUCAACGUCCUGCUUGCCCAGACCGUCUUCUUGUUCCUAAUUGCCCAGAAAAUCCCAGAGACGUCUCUGAGCGUGCCGCUACUGGGCAGGUACCUCAUUUUCGUCAUGGUGGUUGCCACACUCAUUGUCAUGAACUGCGUCAUCGUACUUAACGUGUCUUUGCGGACACCCACCACUCACGUCAUGUCCCCGCGGCUGCGCCACGUCUUACUGGAGCUGCUGCCGCGUCUCCUGGGCUGGGGCCUGCCCCCUGAGGUUCCCCCGGCAGCCUCGCCCCCAAGGCGGGCAUCGUCCCUGGGCCUACUGCUCCGCGCGGAGGAGCUGAUACUGAAAAAGCCGCGGAGCGAGCUUGUGUUUGAGGGGCAGAGGCACCGGCACGGGACCUGGACCGCUGUCCUCUGCCAGAGCCUGGGCGCCGCCGCCCCCGAGAUCCGCUGCUGUGUGGAUGCUGUGAACUUUGUGGCCGAGAGCACCAGAGACCAGGAGACCACUGGCGAGGAGGUGUCCGACUGGGUGCGGAUGGGGAAGGCCCUUGACAACGUCUGCUUCUGGGCCGCUCUGGUGCUCUUCCUUCUCGGCUCCAGCCUCAUCUUCCUCGGGGCCUACUUCAACCGAGUGCCCGAACUGCCCUACCCGCCGUGUAUGCAGAACUGAGCCCGCAGCCACAUUCCCACAGUCUCCAGGAGGAAAGAGAUCUUGAGGAAUAAGUUGCUGCCACUGCUUUUGUGAGCCUUUCCCCCUGCUGAUAAGUCUGUCUUCUGUAAACUUCCCAA